AUGGCAAGUCACAGAGACCCUCGCUUUCUGCACAACCUGUCCUACCACCCACGAUGGCAGCACGACUCAAUAAAAGUGAAGAGAAAAAGACACGUGCAAGCAGUGGCUACGAACAGUUGCAGUAGAUAUAGUCUGUUUAAAUCAUUAGCGGCUUCAUCAUCUAAACAGUUGCCAUCAGACCCUGUGCAACGCUCCAGGAGCUGGUGUGGGAAUGGGUUUAUUCUGCUCUUACUCAUUCUCGCAAUUCUGCCCUGUCAAGCCUGGGCGACCACUUUCAAGGUGGCCCUGGUUGGACCAUGGACGUGUGAUAUCUUAUACUCCAAAUCCCUCCCUGACAUGGCUGCACGCCUCGCCACCGCCCGCAUAAACAAGGACCCCUACCUCAACAAAGGCUACUGGUAUGACUACACGCUGAUCAAUGAGGACUGCAAGUCAUCCCGUGCCCUAGCUCGCUUUGCUGAGCUGAAAGGUUAUGGUGCUGCUUUCCUAGGCCCCGCAAACCCAGGCUACUGCUCCUCGGCUGCUUUGUAUGCAAAAGAGUGGGAUGUUGGGCUUCUCUCUUGGGGUUGCCUCAAACCCAACAUGAAUAAAGAAGGGAUGUUUUCCAGCUUUCUGCGGCCACUGCCACUUUCCUCCCGUGUACUUUUCGACGUGUUGCAGUUCUUUAGUUGGGCCCAUGUGUCCAUAAUCUCAGAUGAGACAGAUUUGUGGGAAUCCACAGGACAGGAGCUGGCCUCGUCACUGAGGGCCCUUGGCCUGCCUGUCAACCCUAUGGUCACUAUGGAAUCCGACAAGGACGGGCCUAGGAGAGCCCUGACAAAAGUGCGGCAAACAGACCGGGUCAGAGUGAUCAUUAUGUGCAUGCCUUCUGUCCUGAUUGGUGGCCAAGCCCAGUACCAGCUUCUCACAACAGCCAUGGACAUGCGUAUGAUCGACCGUGGCUACGUGUUCAUCCCCUACGACACCCUCUUGUACUCACUACCCUACAAGGAUUCACCCUACUAUACGCUGGGCAAUGACACCAAGCUGCGGAAAGCCUAUGACGGGGUCCUCACCAUCACCAUGGACUCUGGAGAACGCAACUUCUACGAGGCCUUCAGAGACGCUCAGGACAGCUAUGAAAUCCGCAGCAGCACCCCACCAGAGCAGGUUUCUCCAUUCUUUGGCACCAUCUACAACAUGAUAUACUACACAGCUAUGGCUGCUGAGCAGGCCCGCGCCAAUGGAGGCCGUUGGGUAACGGGUCAGAUCCUGGGUGACAGCAGAGGUGGCUUUGAAUUUGAAGGCUUCAAUCAGCACUUGAAGGCCGGCAGGAACGGUGAAGGCAUGCAGGCUCGCUAUGUAGUGCUGGACUACAGCGGCGUUGGCAACUUUCUCUAUUCCACUCAUGUGCUAGAAGCCGCUCAUACAUAUGGUGGGGUCAGGAACUUGAAAUACCUCGGCCGCUCUAUUCAUUUUGCAGGCAGCACGCCCUACACAGACUCAAGCUGCUGGUUUAGCCCAUAUUUUGCCUGUACUGGAGGCCUGGAUACAGUGACUCUAUUCUUCCUUCUCCUCCUGUUCAUUACAUUUGUUGGAGGUGGAGUUAACUUAUUUUUUUAUUUAAAGAAAAAUGGCAGGAUUGGGUUCAGCCUUGGAGGUGGUGGAAGCAGCAGUGGACCAUCGAAGGUCGUUCUGACCCUGGACGACCUGAUCUUCAUCAACACUCAAAUCAGCAAACGGAAGAUCAAUGACGAAAGUAUCCUGAAAAGCCAGCUCGACAUGAAGACGCCUCACCAAUCUGUGUCGGGUCGCAGCUACUUGGCCUCCUCCCCAGACAACUCCAACGUUGCUGUGUUUGAGGGUGACUGGGUUUGGUUGAAGAAAUCCCCCUGCGGAACUGUAUCAGGUGUCAAUGGCAGCACUGAGUUUGUCUUUAUCAAGCUCAGAGACAUGAGGCACGAGAACCUCAAUCUGUUCCUGGGACUGUUCUACGACUCUGGGAUCUUUGGUGUUGUGACCGAGCACUGUUCCAGGGGCAGCUUGGAGAAUCUUCUUAGCAACGAGGAAGUGCGUCUUGACUGGAUGUUCAAGUCUUCCCUGUUAAUGGAUCUGAUUCGGGGAUUGAAGUACCUGCACAAUCGGGACGUCAUCCACGGACGACUCAAAUCCCGUAACUGUGUGGUAGACGGGCGCUUUGUAUUGAAGGUGACAGAUUAUGGGUUCAAUGAAAUUUUGAUUGCCCAAGGCAUUGACACUGGAGAGGAAAAGCCAGAUGAGCUGCUUUGGACGGCUCCUGAGCUGCUGAGAAAUUCCACUCUGAGGAGAAGGGGCACUUUCUUAGGAGAUGUCUACAGCUUCGCCAUCAUCGGGCAGGAGGUCAUCUCUCGCUCUACACCAUUCUGCAUGCUGGACAUGCCUCCCAGGGAGAUUAUCAGCAAGAUCAAAGAGCCUCCUCCGUUGUGUCGGCCCACCAUUUCAGUGGACGAGGCCCCGGUAGAGGUGAUACAGGUUAUGAAACAGGCCUGGAGUGAAGAGCCGGAGAAGAGGCCAACCUUUGAGGAGAUCUUCAAACAGUUCAAGUCCAUCACCAAGGGAAAGAAGACCAACAUCAUCGACUCUAUGCUGCGCAUGUUGGAACAGUACUCCUCCAACUUGGAGGAUCUGAUCAGAGAGCGGACGGAAGAGCUGGAGGUGGAGAGGAAGAAGACUGACAAACUGGUGGCUCAGAUGUUGCCCAAGUCUGUGGCCCAGGCGCUGAAGACGGGCAAGCCUGUCAAACCCGAGCAUUUCAGCGAAGUCACGCUGUACUUCAGUGACAUCGUGGGCUUCACCACCAUAUCAGCUCUCAGCGAUCCCAUCGAGGUGGUCGACUUACUCAACGACCUCUACACACUCUUUGAUGCCAUCAUUGGACUGCACGAUGUCUACAAGGUGGAAACUAUCGGAGAUGCCUACAUGGUAGCCUCAGGAGUCCCCACUCGGAAUGGCAACCGUCAUGCAGCUGAGAUGGCCAACAUGUCUCUUGACAUCCUACACUGCAUUGGGACCUUCAAGAUGAGGCACAUGCCUGAUCUGAAGGUCAGGAUCCGUGUUGGCCUGCACACUGGCCCGGUGGUAGCAGGAGUAGUGGGUCUUACGAUGCCCCGGUACUGCCUGUUUGGAGACACUGUCAACACAGCUUCUCGAAUGGAGUCCACAUCGUUGCCUUACAGAAUCCAUGUCAACAAAACCACAGUUGAUGUCCUGAACAGCUUGAAGCUCGGAUACAUAAUCCAAAGCAGAGGCAUGACAGAGUUAAAGGGAAAAGGGAUUGAAAACACAUUUUGGUUGGUAGGGAGGGAGGAUUUCGACAAGCCUCUGCCUAUUCCUCCAGACCUUCCAGGGGGAGUCAAUCAGGCUAUUACUUUAGAGGAGAUUCCUCCUGACAGAAGACAAAAAUUCCUGGAUCGACAGAAGAAGAUGAGCUAG